GCAAGCUAUAAUACAUUUGGACUGGUUGCUUUGCUAAAUGAGACUGAGAGGAACAAUAUGGCGCCGGGAGUAGCUCUUGCUUCUGGACCAGUCGUUCUCUAAAAGACCGGCGAUCGGGCAGGAUGAACCUCUGCGCCCAAUAUUUACGGCAGGCAGAGGCCCUGAAGGCUGACAUGACAGAUUCUAAGCUUGGUGCUGCAGAGGUCUGGACUUCAAGGCAGGCCCUUCAGGAUUUGUACCAAAAGAUGCUGGUGACUGACCUGGAGUAUGCUUUGGACAAAAAAGUGGAGCAAGAUCUUUGGAACCAUGCUUUUAAGAAUCAAAUAACAACACUACAGAGUCAAGCCAAGAACAGAGCCAAUCCUAACAGAAGUGAAGUGCAGGCCAACCUGUCUCUCUUUCUUGAGGCUGCUAGUGGAUUCUAUACACAGCUAUUACAGGAGCUUUGUACUGUGUUUAAUGUGGACUUGCCUAGUCGUGUGAAGUCAUCUCAGCUUGGAAUUAUCAGCAAUAAACAACCCAACACCAGCGGCAUUGUAAAACCCCAACCCAGUUCUUGCUCUUACAUCUGCCAGCAUUGUCUUGUCCACCUUGGAGACAUUGCACGAUAUCGUAACCAAACCAGCCAAGCAGAGUCCUAUUACAGACAUGCAGCUCAACUCGUUCCCUCAAAUGGUCAACCUUACAAUCAGCUGGCCAUCCUGGCCUCAUCCAAAGGGGACCACCUCACUACCAUCUUCUACUACUGCAGAAGCAUUGCAGUCAAGUUCCCCUUCCCUGCAGCUUCCACCAACUUGCAGAAAGCCCUAUCUAAAGCCUUGGAAAGCCGUGAUGAGGUCAAAACCAAGUGGAGCGUGUCGGAUUUCAUCAAGGCCUUCAUCAAGUUCCACGGCCACGUCUACCUGAGCAAGAGUCUGGAGAAGCUCAACAAUCUGAGGGAGAAGUUGGAGGAACAGUUUCAGAAGCUUAUUCUUCAGAAGGCCUUCAGCUCCCAACAGCUGGUCCACAUCACAGUCAUCAACCUGUUUGAACUGCACCACCUGAGAGACCUAGCCAAUGAAGGAGACGACCAGACCUACACCUCCGACGAGCAGAUCAGUUGGUUCCAGCUUCUUGGUCUUUUCAUGUCCUUUCUGGGUGUGAUGUGUAGCCGAGCCUUGCUGAACAAGAACAAAGAGGAAAUUAUGGGAGAGUGUCCACUGCCAGCCAUCAAGGUGUCCCUGGACUGGCUCAAACUACGUCCAAGUGUUUUUCAUGACAGUGCGGUGGACAAGAGGCAGUAUGUCUGGCCAUGGCUGGUGUCAAUUCUGAACAGUUUCCAACCUCAGGAGGACGAUGUGUCCUGCGCUUCAGUGACUCCACUCCCAGAGGAGUUUGAGCUGCAGGGUUUCCUGGCCCUGAGGCCAGCUCUACGGACUCUGGACUUCACCAAGGGGCACCAGGGCAUAGCUGUAGACAAAGAUGGACUGCCAGUCCAAGCCAGGCACCAGAGGCUCAUCUGCUUGGGGAAGUGGGUGGCUGACAAUUAUCCAGGACUGAUCCAGUGCAGGGCGAGCGACGGCCUGCUCAUCUUCAUAACCGAUAUCCCGGAGCUCGCAGUCGAGGAGCCCCAGGAGAAGGACGUGCCCGUCCUCCAGGAGUCCUCAAACGGUGAACAGACCCCCAACGAGGGAAACGCAGGCCUCAAGUCGGUGCUGUCCAUGGGCAAGACCCCCAGCAGCAGCCUGGAGAGUGGAGAGAGGCCAGUGGUGACCUUCAAGGAGAACAUCAAGCCCAGGGAGCAGACCAGGGAUCCCACCCGCAACCACCACCCGAAGGAAGGAGUGAAGGAGCGGCGGGACUUCAGCAAGGGUAAUGGAGCCCCUGGGAAAGGAGAACAGAAGCGCGAUGGCAAGAGGAAGAGCGAGGUAAAGAAAAACUGUCACGAGAAAGCUGUGGAUGCAGGGAAACAGGUUAAAGCCCAGCCUGAAAUGAGGAAGACCCCUGUGUCUGAGGCCAGGAAGACACCAGUCCCCCAGACCCAGACCACCUGCUCCUCUCAGUUGAUCCCCAUCCACCACCCUGGAGCCUUUCCUCCCCUGCCUAGCCGGCCAGGGUUUCCUCCCCCAGCCUAUGUGAUCCCUCCCACUGUGGCGUUCUCCAUGAACCCCGGCUUUGCCUUCUCCACCGGCGUGUCCGUCCAAGGGCCCUACCUCCAAGCCGCUGCUCACUCGCAGGCUGGCAACCAGGUUCAGGCUGGAAAGCCGUCACACAUUCCCUACAGUCAGCAGAGGCCCUCAGGACCAGGGCCAGGCCAGGGGCCCACAGGAUCAGGGCCCAUGAACCAGGGCCCUCCCCAGGGCCAGCAACCGUCUCAGCAGACCCUGCCACAGUCUGUCCAGCUCCAGGUCCAGGCCAUGGCCCAGCAGCAGCAGUCUCCUACCAAGCCUGUACAGCCAGUACAGCUGGGGAAGAGCCCCCCUCACCAUCCUGGGAUGCAGCAGUACAUGCAGGUGUCGGAGCAAGCAGGCCAGAUGUGGAGCCAGCACCAGGCCCAGUCCGCCAUGCAGAAGAUGCCCAUGCAGAUGCCCGUAAAGCAACAGCAGCCAUACUACAUGCCCCCCCAGGACCCCCUUAAGCUCUUUGAGCACCAGCUCCAGUCUGUGCCCAUGCAGCCACCACAAUCAUCUCAGCAACAACAACAACAUCAGCAGCAGCCCACCAUGGACAAGAAGAUGAAAUACCCUGAUGUGAAAAUGCAGGAUUUCUACUGGGAACCUCCUUAUCGUAUGGGAGAUAACAGGUCCAUGAUGGGGGAGCGCAUGGUGGCCAAGAGGCCACCUGGGGGCUUCUGCCCAGAUCAUGAGAACAUGUCCAGGGGUCCGCCAUUUGAGGACAACAAGAGCUCGCCUCUUCUACCUCCUGACCUGUUAAAAAGUCUAGCAGAGUUUGAGGAGGAGGAAGAGCUGGUCUUUACUAAGCCUCAUGAUUUCUACCAGGCCUUGGCCGGUCCUCUUAGCACUGCUCCAGGACGAAACAUAUUUUUGCCAAACCAGUUACGAAUGGAGAGUGCACCUGAGGUUAUCAACCAGUCAUCUUCCCGUUUGCCCUUAUCUGGAUUCCCAAUCCAGGAGAGUUCUUAUCAAAACAACAGCAUCUUCAGCCAGGCUUAUGGGAAAAACAUGGCCCCCAACCCCAAACCUGAUAAUCCCAUGAUGCACCAGGAGCCCUCUCUUUACUCCCUGUUUGAAGGAACUCCCUGGUCCCCGUCUCUCCCAGCCAGCUCAGACCACUCAACACCAGCAAGCCAGUCCCCCCACUCAUCCAACCCAAGCAGUUUACCCUCCUCUCCGCCCACACACAACCACGGCUCCAUGCCUUUCUCUAACUUCGGCCCCAUAGGGACCCCUGAUAGCAGGGACAGGAGAAUGGUCGACCGAUGGAAGGUUGAAAAGACCGGAACAGUCAGUGGAUUCGGUCUGGACUACUUGCCAGCCGCGGCGUCAUCGGCAACCUCUGAAAACAGCUGGCAUCAGGGUGGCGGGCCCAGCAGCUCCUGGGCUGCCCAGGAGACGCCCAUGGAGGACUCCUCUGCCGUGCUGCUGGACAGUCUGAAGUCCAUCUGGUCCAGCUCCAUGAUGCAACCGGGGCCUUCGGCCCUGGAGCAGCUCCUCAUGCAGCAGAAGCAGAAGCAGCAGAGGGGCCACGGAACCAUGAACCCGCCACACUGAAGGGCCUCAAGUAGAAGCACUUGUGUCAAGAAGAGUACGUUAAAAAGAAAGGAGAAGUUUAAAAAAAACAAGCUCCAAUCGGAAUUACCGGCAUAUGGAGGCUGGGGAAGGCGAACCACCCAACCAAGGCUCAAACUCCCCCCCUCGGCUGACGAGGAACGGUGCAGCCCUGUCCCCUCUCUCUCUGUGCCUCAACAAGGCAAGGAGAGCGUGCGAGCACCUCCCACACAGCGCUGCUGAGCACGAAGCUACUGCUGAGCACACGCGCAGGAUCUUUAACAUUGAGGAAACUGAAAAACCCAUCGGACUGCCACCACCACGCCUCCUGUGGGACAACGUCAUCUUCCAUCUCACACUGGGGAUUCUCAGGCGUCUCCAGAUUUCCUCUUUCGCUGCUCUCGGUGUGGAUAUACCGGUCUUUGUCUUGAUUUUUCCCUACCGUACAAGAGAGCAGAGGGUUGUGUGGUGGGUUGUUUCGGUGUGGGCAAGGUGGGCCUAUAAGGGCAGACGUGGUGAAAAAGAAAGACUGAUCUUUCCGAUCUCUCGAUUCAUUUUCUUUAUCUCCGAGGAGGACGAGGGGCUCUUUGUAGCAGAGUUACGAAUGAAGGAAUGAAGGAGUUAUCAUGGAGUUGGUAGAAGUGUGUGUGUGGGGGGGGAAAGUGUGCCUCUCAUUUACUGUGCACAGAAGCGUUUUGGAAGCAGAUUAUGCUAUGGAAGCAAUUUCCAGGAGUGCUGAAUUGGACUGCGGAUUGCUUGUAAAUGUUUCAUUAGGAUAUGUUUUUUCUCCAGGUCAGUUGAGCGUGGGAAUGUCAACCCAGCAGGAAGAGGAAACAAACGGGGAUGAGGACUAGAUUUAGGGAUAGUACAAUUAGCUGCAAUAGAGAUUGCAAUUACUAGAAUACUGUAUUUUGUGAUUUGUUCGUAGCAGUUUUAGCUUCAUAAAAUAUCUGGUAAAUAUGUCCAGUAGUUUACUGCUUACCGGGGAAAGUCUUUAUAUUUAUAUUUUCCCUUCCUCCACCUUGCCCUCUUCUGCCCUUGCUUCCUACUUUUACCCAUCUUUCUUUGAGUAAAGUGUAACUGGCUAGCUUACAUGCAUAAUUGUUUCUUUUGUUUAUGUCCUGCCUUUUUUUUAAUAGUUUUAAGCAGCUUUAUUGGCUCUCUUUGUGCCUGGUCAGUGUUGUUUUAUAACUACUAUCAUGGUUGGCACUGUCAUGAAAUGGUAAAACUAGCAAAAUGGGGUCCAGCAACGCUGCUGGUUCAGCAAUAUGGGGCACAAGCCUGACGAGCCAGUUUACCUGGGCUGGUAGAGAUGGGAGGGCAGAGGACAGGUGAGACUCCGAUGAGCUUGGACUUGGUUCGAGAAUGUUAUCUGGCAACCUCUCUGAAACCACUUGUAUAAUGACAACAGUUGACAAUAGCAUCAGAAAAGACACGUCUUCGUCCUCCGUGAUAGUGGUUCUUACUGUUUGUAGACCCUGAAAAGUUGACUGGGCUUUAGUUGUAGCUCGACUCUACUAACCUGUGACUAACUGAUCUUGCUGUUUUGGAUGUGAAGAUUUUUCACCGGAGUGCACCAACGUGAAUCCGUUAUCCGUAACUUUCACCGUUAUUUCACCAUUGUGACACUUAAGGCAGGUGACUCACUGAUUCGAGUAAAAUGCUGAUGCUCUGAGUGACAAUCGGUAGACCAAGAGGCUCUCCAGAUCCCUGGGUAGAGGCACAGCUGUACACUUUCCGUUAAGGCAAGGACUCACUAUUGGAUAGGGUUAGAAAUAUAAUUAUAUACAGUAGUUACAUCUUUAUGGUUUAGGCAGCGGAAAAGUCAUUUCUCAUCUAAAGGGUUGUACACAGAAGAUCGAAUAUCUUGUAUGAGGGGAAAGCGUGUUUUUAUUUUCAUGUAGAGAACAUCUUAUCAAUGCCAACUUCAAAUGAUGUCUAUUUUCUGUGUGAUUGUGCUUUUCUUGUUGCAUUAAAAUGUAUUUGAAAAAGGAAAAAAUAUAAAUACACUGGACUGAAUGUUGGGACGAAUUUGGUCAGAAGCUGAAAAAAAACAUCAACAUUUCAGGGGAGCUAUGCUGGAACAAAAUUGGCUUUGUUUUCCCUUUUGGAUCUGCUCAUUGUAAAGGGUUAUUAUGACUGUGUCAAAUGGUUCUUAAAUUAAAUGGAAUACAAACGGAUGAUGAAGAAGAACCUUACUAUUUGAGCAGUAACUACAUUCCAUUCUAUAUCCUGUGGGAUACGUGAAAUAAUAGGAUGACAGCAGUGAUAGUUCCCCUGUGCGGUUGACCAACAUCGAGCACUGAGCCCUACUUCAAGUUCAUUAUUAAGGAGAGAAUCACUUCAAAUUCUGCAUGAGGAUUUGGCGGUUAGAAGGCUCCAGAGGUUGUUGGGAAUGUUUUGCCCUGUUAUGUCAGAGCAUAUUGAUAUUGUUGGAGGGAAUGUUGUUCAUUCAGAGCUGGGCUUGUGUUCUGAGCUUUUGUGUUUUGUCUUUUUGUAGACAUUCAGAAACGAUGGAAUCAGCUAUGCCUUUAAUAAAGUAAACCAUGUCUCCCUA